GUGACGCGACUUUACAAGUUUUUAACUAUUAAAAUAAAUUGUGAAAUAUAUACUAUUGUUUGAUUUCAACUCCUAAAAAGAAGACGCUUAAGUAAAAAUGGCUGAUAAUGAUGAUCUUUUGGAUUAUGAAGAUGAGGAGCAGACCGAAACUACCGUCGCUGAAGUUCCAGAAGCUCCAAAGAAGGAUGUGAAAGGCACGUACGUGUCAAUUCACAGUUCUGGCUUCCGUGACUUUUUGUUGAAGCCGGAAAUUUUGCGUGCAAUAGUUGAUUGCGGUUUCGAGCAUCCGUCCGAAGGUAAAUUUUUGUUAUAUGUAUUUAUACAUACCUGAAUGUAUGCACAUAUGAAACCAAUGUUGCUUCUUGGUUUCCACUUUUAUGAUGAUAAAAUUGAUAGGGACAACUGAUAUAUAAUAUUAUGAUCGAUUUAUCAUAUUAAAAUCUGACACUUUUAUUUGUAAUCUAUUAAGAAAAAAUAGUUUGAAAUACAAAUAUAUGUAAAUAUUUUAAAUAUGAUUGCAGUGCAACACGAGUGCAUACCACAGGCUGUACUGGGUAUGGAUAUCUUAUGUCAGGCUAAGUCGGGUAUGGGUAAGACUGCUGUUUUUGUACUUGCGACUUUACAACAGCUGGAACCGACAGAGAAUGUGGUAUACGUAUUAGUCAUGUGUCACACUCGUGAAUUAGCAUUCCAAAUAAGCAAAGAGUACGAAAGAUUCUCGAAGUAUAUGCCGGCUGUAAAGGUUGGUGUAUUCUUCGGUGGAUUAUCCAUACAAAAAGAUGAAGAAUCUUUGAAGGGUACGACACCUCACAUUGUUGUAGGUACACCCGGCCGUAUUCUUGCUUUGAUACGCAACAAAAAAUUAAACUUGAAGCAUUUGAAACACUUUAUUCUUGACGAAUGUGACAAAAUGUUGGAACAACUAGAUAUGCGUCGUGAUGUACAGGAAAUUUUCCGCAGCACUCCACAUGGAAAACAAGUCAUGAUGUUUUCCGCCACAUUGAGCAAGGAAAUACGUCCAGUAUGCAAAAAAUUCAUGCAAGAUCCCAUGGAAGUAUAUGUGGAUGACGAAGCAAAAUUGACAUUGCACGGACUACAACAGCAUUAUGUCAAAUUGAAGGAAAAUGAGAAAAACAAAAAAUUGUUUGAAUUAUUGGAUGUACUCGAAUUUAAUCAAGUUGUAAUUUUUGUAAAAUCGGUACAACGCUGCAUGGCGCUAGCUCAAUUGCUUACUGAACAAAAUUUCCCCGCAAUUGGCAUACAUCGUGGUAUGACCCAAGAAGAGCGUUUAAACCGUUAUCAACAGUUUAAGGAUUUCCAAAAACGUAUUUUGGUGGCAACCAAUCUUUUUGGACGUGGUAUGGAUAUAGAACGUGUCAACAUUGUAUUUAAUUAUGAUAUGCCGGAAGAUUCUGACACUUACCUUCAUCGUGUUGCAAGAGCUGGUCGUUUUGGUACCAAAGGUUUGGCAAUAACAUUUGUUUCUGAUGAAGCAGACGCCAAAAUUUUGAACGAAGUGCAAGACCGAUUCGAUGUCAAUAUCACUGAAUUACCGGAUGAGAUCGAUCUAUCUUCAUAUAUUGAGGGACGAUAAGAUGUUUAAAACAUAGUAUUUUUACUGAAAUGGGAUACUUCGUUGUAAACCUACCACAAUGUAGAAUGUAUUACUCAAAUAAAGAUACAGAUAUAAAAAUUUA